GAGACGCAGCAGAGCAUCACCGGACGCACGCGCCGAUAUACUCGUCACUUUGGAUGCAGUCAAGCUGCUCGUUCGUUUAACUAAACAACGGCCAAACUUGUCCGACACAAGGUCCCUCUUUCAUUCUCCCAGUUGGUCACAUUUUUCGGGGCUUGAUAUCGUGUAGUGCCAAAUGAGUCUGCGGUGCACAAAGCUGUGCAUAUAGUUUGUUCGAUAUUACACAAGUGGACAGAGAUUAUAUUGACGCCAUGGAACUACUCUUUCCCCUUCAGUGAGGAUAUAUACCACAAAGUGAAUCCAGCAGACGUGUAGAACCGCUAGCAGUGAUUUCGUUGACGGCGUGCUGGCCUAAACGAUGAUAACUUCUUUAGCUGAUUCCAUGGUGCUUUCAAAAAGUGAAGGACCCAAAAAGAUGACGGACUUGAAGACGGGCGUUGGGGGAUCGAAACCAUCGGGUUUCACCGUCAAAGACAUUCUCGAUUUACCUAACGUCAAAGCGGCCAGCUCCUCAACAGAAACGAUUUCAUCAUCGCCCGCAAAUGAAGCGAGUUUCCUCAACAGUCACUUGUUCUCGUCCACUUUUCAAAUGGUCGAAGAGAAUCAACUUCGACCUUACGGCAGUUCGUUCCCGCGCUACCACACGGCCGAUUACUCGAUUGGCUAUCCGACGGAUCUUCUCUACAGCCUGGCCGCUCGCUGGCCUACGUCGGCCAUAGCCAAUGCAAAUCGAAACCUAAGCAACUCAUUAGGGGAGGGAGUGGGAGGAAUAAAUGUGAUUCAGCAUUCAAAUGUUAAUUGUCAUUUGUUGGUCGAAUUAGGCUUAGGGCCAUUCGGGCUAGUGGCCCAUGCACAUCACCACCCACACGGCAGCGAAAGCUUGUCGCUGGCCUCCUCGCUGGCAGCCAGUAGUCGGUGGGAAUCGCGACUGGCCAAAAACGCCAGCCAUCACCACGUCACAAUGACGACGCCUCUGAGUCCCGACACGACUUGCUCGACGCCCAUCCAGGAGGGACACGCCAACGCCUGCAAAACGGACGGCCAGCACAACUCAUUGCAUUUGCGCCAGGACGACGCCUGCCCGGACAGCACCGACUGCAACAACGGCCUCAUGGAGGACGACAGUGACCUGGACGUUUUCAAUGCUAGUCACAGCAGCUGCGACGAUCUGCGCGACGACUCCCGCAUGCAAGACGACGGACUCAGCGAAAGUGACGCCGACGACGACGACGACGAAGACAACGACGACGACGACCAUCAGCGAAAGGCCCUGCUGAGGAGAAAGGAGUUGCCCGGCUCCAACCUGGGCCGAUCCAACAACCCUGCCGAUGGCCACCACCACCACCACCAGCAGCAGCAGCAGCAGAAUCAGCAGCAGGGCCUGAGUAAUAAGAAACGCAAGCGACGCGUCCUCUUCUCCAAAGCUCAAACUUACGAACUGGAGCGUCGAUUCCGCCAGCAGCGCUACUUGUCGGCCCCCGAACGGGAGCAUUUGGCCAACCUCAUCCACCUGACCCCGACGCAAGUCAAGAUCUGGUUCCAGAAUCACCGCUACAAGACCAAACGGGCCCGGCACGAGAAAAACGUCCAGGAUCUGCAGCAUCAUCAGUCAAUGGCACCGGCCCGCAGAGUGGCCGUCCCAGUUCUGGUCAGAAACGGGCGGACUUGCAUGGCCACCUCUUUGAGUCAUUCAAUGGCCUCCAACAGCGGCAGCGGUGCCGGUGCCUACAGCAUGGCCGGCCCUGCUGACAAAUCCGCCAGCGCUGUCCAAUCUCACGAAUUCCCAGGCUCGCUGACUAAUUCGGCAGCUGCGGCAGCUGCUUGCAUGAGCGCCAUCUCCUUUAAUAUGAAUGCCGGCCUAAACAUGGCCAGCGCAUUCGGUCUGAAUGGGCUGGCAGCAGUCAACGCGGCCGCUGAUCCGGCCGCUAUGCAACUGCAACCAGCAGCUUUGGCGGCCAACCAACAGAAUCUGCAUCCGACAGCGGCAGCAGCAGCAGCAGCAGCAACGCAUUCGAUGGCCGCUUUACCAACAGGCUCAAACAUUCCUCCCGGCUCAAACAUCCCUUUGAUGCAGGCCCACUCCCUGGCCUUUGUGCCGACACAGUCUCGCUGGUGGUGAUGCAAUGGUCCACAAGGAAAAAACAAAACCGUACACCUAUUAUAUAUAUUAUUAUUACUACUACUAAUAUCCCAGUUUUUGAUUCUUUCAAUUUUUAAAUACACGAGUAAUAAUUUCUGCCCCCCUCCGAUUUGUCACGAAAGUACCAAUACAAAUAUCGUAUCAUAAUGUUAAUAUUUCAAAAAGAAACAAAGGUUAUUGGCUUAGUGUAUAGCUUAUGUGCGAUCUCACUUUCAAACGUAUCGAUUCUAUAAUAUCUAUUCCGGUUGCUUUGAUUAGGCACAAAAUACCACCAAGUUAUCGCCGUACCGAAAAACUUUUAAUUCAAAUUUUUUUUUUUCGCGACUCAUUUUUCAUCUUCUUGUUAAAUCGCAUUUCUACUCAUUUCGGCACUUUUGUUUCUUUCGGAAUUUUUUUUUCAUUGAAUUUCAUUUUUUGAAAAUUUAGUACGUCAGUACCCAACACAAAUUCAUGUAACUUUGAUUCAUAUAAGAUGUAUUGUUUAUAAUAUAGUGUAAAUUCAUUGAAAAUCAAUGAGGAUGUUGAAUUAAACAUCUCCUACCCCAUAUAUAGGCCAUCACUUUGCUGUCGUAAAACCGUUCGAAUUUAUAUCAGUGGAUAAGUAAUAUUAUGAAAUGAUUUCCCGAGCGAAUGUCCUUAAUGAUGUGUGUGGGCUGUUUGUGGAAUCUGACACGUAA